UCGGCCUAGGAGUGACCGUUUCCCGCUACCCUCUUCACAAUGUCCGAACUAACAUGAUGAUAGUAGAUAAUGAUUAGGUACCAAUUAGGUAGGUAUUAGUCUAUUGUAUUUUUGUGUCUUCAGUUAUGCCUAGGUAGGACUCUCUCGUGUCGGGCAAAGUGUAUGGAGAAGAUGAAGGAUGAUAAAAAAAAAAGGCCGACGAUGCUCUUUUUCUCUUUGCUUUUACUUUGCACCCUUUCCUACUAUCUCUAUGGCCACACUUUCUUUUAUCUCUCCCCUCCUAUUCAUUUUUCUUCCCUUUCUUCAGUUUCUUUUCUUGCCUUCCUUCUUUUUUACCUUCCUCUUCAUUUUUUUUUUAGUCUUUUUUGUGUGGUUUCGCCCUGUUUAUGGCAUCCAGCCGAAUUUGUCAUUCUCCGUGAUGGCGUCACAGCGGUGGGCCGUGGUUGCUCUCGACCCAACCCUGUCCGUUUCAAGAUUGUCUCACAAACAAACCCCUGCACUUCGGUGACAACCCAGGGGCCACCUGCGGCCCCAACUCGUACAAGAGAAAGAAGCAGACGCAAUGAUGGAAGCAUUGGAGGCCGCAAUGGUUUGCAUGAAGGAAUUCUGGAAACAUUCAGUUGCACCCUGGAAUUCCACCGAAAACCAUGCGCGCGCAUCAAAGGAUCUCGAGCCAAGCGGCGGCGAGACAUGCCAUCUUCGGGGCCGACGUCAGCCCAUGCUAGAUCCUUGAUACGGGAGUCGCGAUGAUGGGAACAGGUGGUUGUCUCCGAUGAUGCAAGCUGCAAGGCUGGAACCCCUGCCACGCGCUUGGCCGUUCCCAAACGCCGGAGCCCGGGUCAGGCACACUGGUCCUGCGCCUGAUUUGCUCUGCCUUUCCUGGGCUUUGAACAUCAGGUUCGGGUGUCGCUGAUUUUGGUUCCGAAGAUCGUUCGUUUGGGGGUGUGCAGGACCAUGAAGGUAUUGAGGUAGGUGGGUAGGGUGAGGUGGGCUUCUGUUGGGAUGGAGAUACCUCGAGUCAGAGGAACCAAGAGGGGAAGAUAACAUGAUAAUCCAUUGUGUCCAGUAGUAACUGGUUUUUAGAGCUUGAUAACUACCUACC